UCGCAGGUCCUGUAAGUACACGGCUCCUCUACAGAUACAGGUUUCUCCAAUCCAGGAUCCUCUGCUGAUAUCUUCUAUAUAAGAGAAUUCUCCUGGAUGACCCAUCAACCAUGGAGAGAGACAGGAACAAGAUGGCCGACAGGAUCAUAAACCUCACCCUACAGAUACUCUUCCGGCUUACUGGAGAGGAUUAUACAGUAGUGAAGAAGUCCUCUAGUGGGCGCUGUCGGGCCCCUGUGUGUGAAGGAUGGGGAAGAUUCCCGGGGCCCCCACCUCACUCCCUGAUACAUGAGGAAAUGGAUGAACAGAAGAUCCGAGAACUCAUCAACAAGAUGAUGGAGCUGCUGACUGGAGAGGUUCCUAUAAGGUGUCAGGACGUGGCGGUCUAUUUCUCCAUGGAGGAGUGGGAGUAUGUAGAAGGACACAAGGAUCAGUACAAGGAUCAGGUCAUGAUGGAGGAUCAGCAGCCCCUCACAUCACCAGUCAGAUCCAGUAAGAGAACAGCACCAGAGAGGUGUCCCCGUCCUCUUCUUCCACAGGAUGAUCAGGGAGAAGAUCCGAAUAAUAUUAAUGCUCCAGAGACAGAUGUGAGCGGUGAUGAGCAGUAUAAGGAGGACAUUCCUACAGAGAAAGAUCUGAUCUUUAUUAAUGCUACAGACAUGAAGGAAGAACAAGAGACAUAUGUGAGCGGAAAUGAACAGUAUAAGGAGGACAUUCCUACAGGGAAAGAUCUGAUCUAUUCUACAGACAUAAAGGAUGAAGAAGAGACAUAUGUGAGUGGUGAUGAGCAGUUUAAGGAGGACAUUCCUACAGGAAAAGAUAUGGACAAUAAUAAUGCUACAGACAUGAAGGAAGAAGAAGAGACAGAUGUGAGCGGUGAUGAACAGUAUAAGGAGGACAUUCCUACAGGUAACCGUCCAGAUUCUUGUACCAGGAGAUCAGAGGAGAAUCUUAUAUCUUCAGAUUAUAAAGCAGAUGAUGAUAUCACACAAGAUACAUAUGAAGAACAUUCCAUUAUCCCAGAUACACCCUCAGCCCUUCACAGCCAAGAUCUGUCAUCUCAUCCUUAUAUACAGGUCCUGUCUUCUCAGUCAUCACAGGAUGUUCAACAAAAUAAAAGUCACAGAAGGGGUGUUGGACAACGAGCUCAUACAGGAAAGAAACCAUAUUCAUGCUCAGAAUGUGGGAAAUGUUUUACUAAGAAAUCAAGCUUUGUUGAUCAUCAAAAAACUCACACAGGAGAGAAGCCGUUUUCAUGUUCAGAAUGUGGGAAAUGUUUUACUAAGAAAUCAUAUAUUGUUACACAUCAAAGAACUCACACAGGGGAAAAGCCAUUUUCAUGUGCAGAGUGUGGAAAAAGUUUUGCUGACAAAUCAGCUCUUGGUUAUCAUCAAAAAACUCACACAGGGGAGAAGCCAUUUCCAUGUUUAGAAUGUGGAAAAUGUUUUGCUCAGAAAUCAGAUCUUGUUAAACAUCAGAGAACUCACACAGGGGAGAAGCCAUUUUCCUGUUCAGAAUGUGAAAAAUGUUUUACUGAGAAAUCAAGUCUUGUUCAUCAUCAAAAAACUCACACAGGGGAGAGGCCAUUUUCAUGUUCAGAAUGUGGAAAAUGCUUUACUUGGAAAUCACGUCUUGUUAAUCAUCAGAGAACCCACACUGGGGAGAAGCCAUUUUCAUGUUCAGAAUGUGGGAAAUGUUUUACUGAGAAAGCAACACUUAAAAAACAUAUAAGAACUCACACAGGAGAGAAGCCAAUUCAGAGCAAUAUAUGAUGCAGAUAACACAUCUAUAUAUUAUCCAUGUACAUAGGAUAUCUGACAUUUAUACAUAUAUCAUAUACUGCAGGGGUUUCAAACUGGCGGCCCUCCAGAUGUUGCAAAACUUCAACUCCCAGCAUGCCUGUGAGGGGAGUCAGCUUGUUAUACGUAUUCAUAUAACCUUUUAUAAUAAUCCUUUAUAUGAUUAUACGCCAUUUUGUAUAUCAUCACCAUGUUGUGUAUAGUCCACCAUCUUGUCUAUGUUCCUUCAUUAUGAACUGAGUGUGAACUUUACCAGAAUUAUAACCAGGAAACUUGUAAACAAGAACCACAACUGCUGAGCGUACAGAAAACUCCAAGGCUACUGAGUCUGGCUAUCAUACUUAUAAUGCAAUAUAAUUCGCGUUCGGGAGCUGGCAAGGAUGAUAGGGAUAGAAAUAACACCGAUUGUGGAGACCAGGGUAUGGUGACUCCUAGAAUGCUUUUCAUUAGCCCGGCGCAGGCAUACCAGAAGGGUUGGACAAUAGGGCACGUCCAUAGCACAUGAUACUGUGUGCCCCUGUGUCCACAACCUCGCCAACAUGUAUCUGGGACAGACUGGUAAAAAACAGCUAGCUUGUCUGGAGUAUGAUACCAGCGUAAGAUUGUUUUAUAGGCCGAUUCUACGUGUGAGGAGCAUUACGAAAAGCUUCAUGCCAGGUAGGCAUUGGAAAGGAUGUAUGUAGCUCCCUCUCCCACAUUCUCAAGGGGUAAGGUUUUGAAAGUGUGUUCGUUUGUAAUAAGGCUAAAUAUAUUGGUUUUAGACCUUUCUGUGGUGAUGUAAGUAAUUGAUAGCUGAGCCAUCCAUAUUUCCCUGAGCAGGAUGUAGAUUCUGUAAGAGGUGCCUAAGUUGUAAGAACUUGUAAAAAUCACGUGGCGGGAUGUCAUACUUCAGGGUUAAGUCUGAGUAGGACAUCAACAUUCCAUCUAUGAGCAUGUGUCUAAGUUGUAGAAUGCCCUUCACUAUCCAAGGGGAUAAAUCCAAAUUCGGGAUUUGAGCUUUCAGGAAUGUCAGUGGUAAGUCAGUUCUCACCAAGGGGACUGGGUUCACCAUAUGAGAUAGAAAAAAUGUCCAGGCCAUAUAGGAAGCCUUAA